AUGCAAGGCAUUCACAUCGCCGGCAGCGGCGUCUACUCGCGUCUGUGGCGGGGAUCUACUAAUGAACUAUCAAACGAGGAAUCUGAAUGGGAGCGCCGGACGGGCGGUUGCGAACUCUUUAUUGUUCUCCAAAUCGGGGCCGCGUGGACGACGGGCGUGUCGGCGGAGACACCAAAGUGCGUCGACCGCUCGAUUUUCGUCUUUUACGGCGCGUUCGGCUUUCAAGAGCUUUCGGCACGGAUUCGGCGAUUAAAGGCGGACCGCAAAGCCGCU